AUGGCGGCCCCCCAGAGGCCCGGAGCGCCGCUGCUCUGGAGAGGCGUGGGCAGUUCCCGCGCCAGAGCCCAAUCCACACUGUUGCAGCCAGAAAAGCACCGUUCUUGCUGGUCUUUCCCCAUGGGGCAAAAGCCGAGAGGGACUUUCACCAGAGCCCCCUCCUACCUGCUCCAGCAGCUCAUUCGGCACUCUCAGGAGUCGGACGCGGACGGAGAGGAGGAGGAGGAGGACCAGGGCGAGGCUCAGGGCGAGGGCGAGUCCCAGGAAUCCGAGGAGUCCUCAGAGUCCGAAAUGCCGCGUUUGGAGGAGGAAUUUGAUGGACUCCUGAGAGAGGAGGCUGUGGCUGAUGCACUCCACCACUUGGGUCGCUCAGGGUCUGGAACUGAGCAAGUCUACCUGAACCUCACUUUAUCAGGUUGUGAUUUAAUUGAUGUUAGCAUUCUCUGUGGAUAUGUUCACCUGCAGAAGUUGGAUCUUUCUGUAAAUAAAAUUGAAGACUUGUCGUGUGUGAGUUGCAUGCCUUAUCUUCUAGAACUUAAUGCUUCUCAAAAUAAACUGACUACAUUCUUCAAUUUCAAGCCUCCCAAAAAUCUCAAGAAAGUGGAUUUUUCCUUCAACCAAAUAUCUGAAAUGUGUGAUCUAUCAGCAUACCACGCUCUCACAAAACUAAUUUUGGAUAAUAACACUAUAGAAAAAAUUGAUGGGUUGGAGAUGUGCACCAGUCUGACUCACCUUAGCUUGGCCAACAACAAGAUCACAGCAAUUACUGGCUUAAGCAUGCUACCAAUCAGAACGCUGAGUCUGAGUAAUAAUCAGAUUGAGAAGCUCACAGGUUUAGAAGAACUGAAAGCCCUGCAGAACCUGGAUCUGUCUCACAAUCGUAUCAGCAGUCUUCAGGGCUUAGAAAAUCAUGACUUCCUGGAAGUCAUCAACCUGGAAGAUAAUAAGAUUGCUGAGCUGAGUGAACUAGAAUACAUUGAAAAACUACCUAUCCUUCGGGUUCUGAAUCUCAUAAGAAAUCCAAUUCAGGAAAAGUCUGAAUAUUGGCUCUUCAUACUUUUUACGCUACCACGGUUAACAGAAUUAGAUCAGAAGAAGAUUAAAGUGGAAGAAAAGGUUGCAGCAGUGAAUAAAUAUGACCCUCCCCCUGAAGUGGUCGCAGCCCGAGAUCACCUGACUCAUGUUGUAAACAGCGUGACACACCCACAGAGGAUCUUUGACAGCACGCUCCCCAGUCUGGAUGCCCCUUACCCCAUGUUGGUAUUAGCUGGUCCUCAAGCUUGUGGGAAACGAGAACUUGCUCACCGCCUCUGCAGGCAGUUCAAUACUUACUUCAGAUAUGGAGCUUGUCAUACCACAAGACCGCCUUACUUUGGAGAAGGGGACCGAGUUGAUUAUCACUUUGUCUCUCAAGAAGUUUUUGAUGAAAUGCUAAAUAUGGGGAAAUUCAUUCUAACAUUUAAGUAUGGUAGUCAUAAUUAUGGACUGAGUAGAGACACUGUGGAAGGUAUUGCAAGAGAUGGUUUAGCAAGCUGUGUUCAUUUGGAAAUAGAAGGUGUAAGAAGCUUGAAAUAUUCCUAUUUUGAGCCUCGCUAUAUCCUAGUGGUACCCCUGAACAAGGACAAAUAUGAGGGGUAUUUGCGGAGGAAAGGAUUAUUCAGUCGGGCCGAAGUUGAAUUUGCUGUUUCCAGAGUGGACCUUUAUGUUAAAAUUAAUCAGAAAUAUCCAGGAUAUUUUGAUGCAGUAAUCAAUGCAGAUGAUCUGGAUGUUGCUUACGAAAAGCUGAGUAGACUCAUCAGAGAAUACCUGGGAUUGACUGAGGGGCCUGCCCAAAGUUUGGCGCCAACUGCAGAUGUUCAGACAUCUCACCGAUUAUCUGAAGAGAAUCCUCUCCAGAAGCCUAUUUCAAACUUGAAUGACUUCCAGGAUUCCACAGACAGGAACUACUUCAUUAAAUUAUGGCCCAAACUUUCAACCAAAAAAACACCAGUGGAAAAAGAUUCUAUCCACAGACAAUAUGAGACAGCCCGGCAGGCCCUCAUGGGAAAGACACCCCCUGGUCACAUAUUCUUAUUUCAAAGAGGUCCAGUACCAGUGCCUGUACAUGAUUUCACAACUUUAGAAGAACUAAAGAAAAGUUUUGACCUUUGUGAAGAGUAUUUUAAACCUCCCUUUGGAUUAUAUUCCGAAAAGAGCGACAAAGACAUACAUUCCUCCACAAAAUACCCUGGGUUAUUUCAGUCAUUUGCAUGGAACAAAGAAGUGUGUCUUCAGCUCUCAGAGGGCAGCAAUUUUUCCCAUCCAGGAUCGGGAUUAAGUGAUGGUGAUACAGACCAGGCCUUCAAAGCACUACAUGUACAAAAAUCCUUUCUACCUGAAGAGUCUGUCCAACACAGAAGACCCUCAGUCAUAGUGAUCAGUCGCCCAGGUUCCAACACCAAGCCAACCCUGCCUCCAAUCCCUCAUGGCCGUAAGUGGACUAGUGAUUAAUGCCUUACAGGAAACUUGCUCUGAUAACAAUCAGU